ACAAGAAAAGAUAAAUGUUUACUCUGCCGUGAUUUGUGCGAGAAGUGGCAACCUAAGCUCGCCAGUGUGUUCCAAAGUUCAAUUCAGAUUCUCUCAAAAAAAAAUUCAAUUGAGAUGAAGUUCAUCUUUGAGUGGCAAAGUGAAAAGGCGUAACUCUGAAAGGUAGGGGUACUUCCACAUUUUAUUACUUUAUUUAUACCAGUAUAACCACUCUUCCAGUCUUCCGAUCCUGCUCAAGCUAGCUCGCCUUGUCUUCAACCCUGAGUUGCUGAAAGGUGAAUCCGUGGUGAGGAGCUCGCUAAAGCAUCUUCUCCUAGCUGUGUUGGCGCUUGCAAGUUGAGGUGCAUGGGUUCCAUGGAAGGGUUCUCUCCAACAACCAUCCCAUGCCUCUUGCUUCUUUUCUGCUUAGGCUGCAAAUGCCUAGCAUCAGAGUUUGAGUUGACCCAGACGGCAACAGUCAAGGUUGAUGCCACGCCAGAGCUUGCUCGAAAGAUCCCUGAUACACUAUUUGGGGUGUUUUUUGAGGAGAUCAACCAUGCCGGAGCUGGUGGAAUAUGGGCAGAACUUGUUAGUAACAGAGGUUUUGAAGCUGGAGGCCCCCAUACUCCAUCAAACAUUCACCCAUGGUCUAUCGUUGGAGAUGACUCUUCCAUUUUUGUGGCCACCGAUAGAUCAUCUUGUUUCAGUCGGAACAUUGUUGCUCUAAGGAUGGAGGUCCUCUGCAAUGAUUGUCCAGCUGGCGGUGUUGGCAUUUACAACCCAGGGUUCUGGGGCAUGAAUAUUGAGGAUGGAAAGACCUACAAUCUAGUUAUGUACGUCAAGUCACCAGAGACAGCAGACUUGACAGUUUCACUAACAAGCCCAGAUGGGUUACAGAAUCUGGCUUCAAUUAAUCUAAAAGUUGCUGGCACGUCAAACUGGACAAAACUGGAGCAGAAGUUGGUUGCUAAAGGAACCAACAGAACCUCAAGGCUUCAGAUAACAACUCAUAAUAAAGGAGUCAUAUGGUUUGAUCAAGUAUCACUCAUGCCUGCAGACACAUACAAGGGACAUGGUUUUCGCUCAGAUCUUAUAUCCAUGCUUUUGGAUUUAAAACCACGAUUUUUUAGAUUCCCUGGAGGUUGCUUUGUAGAAGGUGAAUGGUUAAGAAAUGCAUUCAGAUGGAGAGAAUCUAUUGGUCCAUGGGAAGAGAGGCCUGGACACUUUGGCGAUGUUUGGCAUUACUGGACUGACGAUGGCCUUGGAUAUUAUGAAUAUCUUCAGCUUUCUGAAGACCUAGGUGCUGCUCCAAUCUGGGUAUUCAACAAUGGAAUCAGCCACCACGAUGAAGUUGAUACUGCUAUAAUUGCUCCUUUUGUAAAGGAUGUAUUGGACGGCCUAGAAUUUGCAAAGGGGAGCGCUAACUCAACAUGGGGCUCUGUUAGAGCUGCAAUGGGGCACCCAGAACCAUUCCCACUCAAAUAUGUCGCAAUUGGAAAUGAAGAUUGCGGAAAAAAGCAUUACCGUGGUAAUUACCUGAAGUUCUACAAUGCUAUAAGGGACGCCUAUCCAGACAUUCAAAUGAUUUCAAACUGUGAUGGUUCUUCCAGACGACUUGAUCAUCCUGCUGAUUUGUUUGACUUUCAUGUUUAUACCGACUCUAAGACUUUGUUUUCCAUGAUGAACGAAUUUGACAGUACAUCUCGUGAUGGACCCAAGGCUUUUGUUAGCGAAUAUGCAGUUUGGAAAAGGGAUGCAGGUAAAGGAAGUCUUCUUGCUUCAUUGGCAGAAGCUGCUUUCCUAACUGGACUGGAGAGAAAUAGUGACAUCGUUCAGAUGGCCAGUUAUGCACCACUAUUUGUAAAUACCAACGAUCGGAGGUGGAACCCGGAUGCUAUUGUCUUCAAUACCUGGCAACAUUAUGGGACUCCCAGUUACUGGAUGCAGACGCUAUUCCGUGAGUCUAGCGGCGCUAUGGUUCAUCCAAUCACAAUCAACUCCAGAUACUCUAAUUCUCUAGCGGCAUCUGCAAUUACUUGGCAGGAUUUAGGGAAUAGCUUCCUGAGAGUAAAGAUUGUAAACUUUGGGUGGCAUGCUGUAAUAGUCAGAAUCGCCACAACAGGACUUGAGGCUAGUGUCAAUGCAGUGGGAUCAGCAGUCACUGUUCUCACAUCCGACAAUGUGAUGGAUGAAAAUUCUUUCAGUCACCCAGAAAAGGUCGUGCCAGUCAAGAGGCAGCUGCGGAAUGCAGCAGAGUACAUGCGAGUCAGGCUGGCCCCUCACUCGCUCACUUCAUUCGAUCUCGCUCUGUCUCAGUCCAAACUUAUCAGUAAUGUUGCAGAGAAAGGAGAUGAAUCCUUGAGAUCUGGACUUUGAUACUGAUAUAUAUCAGUAUGAGGAAGUUUUCAGUAUCUUGAGAACGCAGUGCGUACUGUAACACAAGGACAUAGUACAUGAAGGCUUGCCGUGAAUAAAAAUAUUUCUAGAAUUUUAUGUGGUUUUCAUGUAUCCAGCUUUAAUAAUUCAAGCGUAAAUAAUGCUUGUAAUGUUUGGCGCGGCACAGAAGGAUGGAAACAUUCGGGAGGUCGUGAAAACCCUCUAA